UGAGUGCGUGUGCACGCAGGGGGUGUCCCUAGGAUUCCGCGUUGGUUCCGAGAGCUCGGGGCGGAGAUCCGCGAGUCCCUGCCAUCCGAGUCUGCGCCGCGAUGCGGCUGCUCCGCCAGCCGGGGGCUUCUACGCCGGGAUUCCCCAGCUCGGCGUGCAGCUACGGGUGGAGUUCCCGGGAAGGCGCAGGGGUGAGCGGGCGGAGCCCAAGAGCCGGCUUGCAUGCCACUGGCAGUCCGGUCCGGAACAAUCCUGGGAGAUGUGGCCGCCACCCCUCGGUCCGGCAGCUUCACAACCCUGUGUGUCACAAGCCUCGCGGUGGGCACCGAACACCCCUGGAACCACAAAGUGGGAUGUGGUACGGACAGUUGCGCUAAGUGACCGGACACUGGACCCAGGUCGCUCUAGCUCCUGGCCACCGUCUGAGAGGCGGCGGCGGAGGGGAUGAGCACCGGACGCGCAAAGCUCCUACAGCGAGCUACCCCCGGGAGGUGGACACCAAGCAGGGUGCCUCGAAGGACCGCGCGGACCUUUACCUCCCCCCGUACAAGGUGGCGAAAGCUUCUUGUUGCGCCUCGGGUCAGGAUGCUCUGGGCACCUCCCUGCUGAUGAGAUGUUCUGCUUUCAGGCUCUGCCAUCCCCAGCCCGGGUCUCAGGAGGGGACGACUGAUUGGGCCCGCAUCAGCCCCUCGUGCAGGUGGGUGAAAAGUGCCGGAUGCCUUGUAUGGAAUCAGCGAUCACAUUUUAAGAGCCAUGGACGAAGGGGCUGCGCAGUCACGAGCCCAAGAGCAGCUAGAGGCAUCUUCCUCGGUAGGAGCUGUCCAAGAGAAGUGCGAGUCAGAGUCCUUCAGGUCUAAGAGUUUACCGGUCCUGCACAGCGCCUCCUGCCGGCAGAAUCUCAGUGCUGGCAAUGCAGAUGGCAAACUGGCCCUGGGCUGCAUUGAAGCUUCAGAUCGCCAGGAGAUGCAUCUAGGACAGAACUUGAUAGUCCCCAGCCCCUUUGCUCCAUCCACUUCGGCAGGUACUACAACAGAACUGAUGGACUGUAACCACAGGAUGGACCCCAGCAAAACUGUGUCAGUGUCUUCCACUUUGGCCACACUCCAGGAGAGACGGUGUCUCUACGUGGUCCUUACGGAUUCUCGCUGCUUCCUAGUGUGCAUGUGUUUUCUGACUUUCAUCCAGGCGUUAAUGGUCUCUGGGUACCUGAGCAGUGUCAUCACCACCAUCGAAAGGCGCUAUAGCCUGAAGAGUUCUGAGUCAGGGCUGCUGGUCAGCUGCUUUGAUAUAGGAAACCUGGUUGUGGUCGUGUUCGUCAGCUAUUUUGGUGGCCGUGGGAGGAGGCCCCUAUGGCUGGCGGUGGGUGGACUUCUUAUUGCCAUCGGGGCUGCGCUCUUCGCUUUACCUCACUUUAUCUCGCCUCCCUAUCAAAUCCAAGAGUUGAACUCUUCGGUCUCUAACGAUGGCCUUUGUCAGAAUGGCAACUCCACGGCCAUCUUGGAGCCUCCUCCCUGUCCCAAGGACUCGGGAGGAACUAGUCACUGGAUCUACGUGGCUUUAUUCGUUUGUGCACAGGUUCUCAUUGGAAUGGGCUCCACACCGAUUUACACCCUGGGACCAACCUAUUUAGAUGACAACGUCAAGAAAGACAAUGCAUCCUUGUAUCUAGCUAUCAUGUAUGUCAUGGGAGCACUCGGCCCUGCAGUAGGAUACCUGUUAGGUGGGCUACUCAUUGGCUUUUAUGUGGAUCCCAGAAAUCCUGUUCGCCUUGAUCAGAGCGAUCCUCGUUUCAUUGGAAACUGGUGGAGUGGAUUCCUUCUUUGUGCCAUUGCAAUGUUUCUUGUGAUAUUCCCAAUGUUUACUUUUCCAAAAAAGCUUCCACCUCGACACAAGAAAAAGAAAAAAUUUUCUGCCGACGUUGUUAGCGACGAUGACAUCAUCAAGGAGAAAUCAAACACAAGUGAGCAAAUGAACAAAAAAGUUUCUUCAAUGGGCUUUGGAAAGAAUGUCAGAGACCUACCGAGAGCAGCUGUCAGGAUCUUAAGCAACAUGACUUUCCUUUUUGUGAGUCUGUCAUACACAGCUGAGAGUGCCAUUGUCACCGCUUUCAUUACCUUCAUCCCCAAGUUCAUCGAGUCACAGUUUGGUAUCCCAGCUUCCAAUGCCAGCAUCUACACUGGUGUCAUCAUUGUCCCCAGUGCUGGUGUUGGCAUUGUCCUGGGAGGCUACAUCAUCAAAAAACUGAAGCUUGGUGCAAGAGAAUCUGCAAAGCUAGCAAUGAUCUGCAGUGGGGUGUCUCUGCUGUGCUUCUCAACCCUGUUCAUUGUGGGCUGUGAAAGCAUUAAUCUAGGAGGCAUAAACAUCCCUUACACCACGGGACCUUCUCUGACCAUGCCCCAUAGGAAUCUGACAGGAAGCUGUAAUGUUAAUUGUGGCUGUAAAAUACAUGAAUAUGAGCCAGUCUGUGGAUCAGAUGGGAUCACAUACUUCAACCCAUGUCUGGCUGGCUGCAUUAACAGUGGUAAUCUUACCACUGGGGUCCGAAAUUACACAGAGUGCACCUGCGUCCAAAGUCGCCAAGUGAUCACCCCACCCACGGUGGGGCAGCGCAGCCAGCUCCGAGUGGUCAUCGUGAAAACCUAUCUCAAUGAGAAUGGCUAUGCUGUGUCUGGGAAGUGCAAACGCACCUGCAAUACCCUCAUCCCCUUCCUGGUCUUCCUUUUCAUAGUCACCUUCAUUACAGCGUGUGCCCAGCCAUCAGCCAUUAUAGUGACACUCAGGUCUGUGGAAGAUGAGGAAAGGCCCUUCGCCUUGGGAAUGCAGUUUGUUUUGUUGCGAACACUUGCAUACAUUCCUACUCCGAUUUACUUUGGAGCUGUGAUUGACACCACCUGUAUGCUCUGGCAGCAAGAAUGCGGAGUGCAGGGAUCUUGCUGGGAGUACAACGUGACGUCAUUUCGUUUUGUCUACUUUGGCUUGGCGGCUGGCCUCAAGUUCGUUGGCUUUAUUUUUAUUUUCCUGGCCUGGUACUCUAUCAAGUACAAAGAGGACAGAUUGCAGAGGCAGAGGUACACAGACUUCCCACUGAGCACUGUGAGCGAGCAAGUGGGCCGGCCCAGCAAAGCUGAGAAAUACUCCAGGACUACAUCAUGCCCAGCCUUCAGCACCCAGGGGGACUUCCAUGAAGAAACUACUCUGCAGAACACCGCACAGACAUAUCCCGGACCUUUCUCAGAAGCAAUAAGUUCCUCUGCAGACCCUGGGCUGGGUGAGAGCCACGAUGCUGCUCUGUAGUCCCUGCUGAAGCCUGGAGGAGGAAGAACUAUUUUGUUGGUUGAGUUGAAUACGGCAAGUUGAGAAACACCUGUGCCUUCUUUCUUCUUUUAAACCUCCACAAACACUAUUCUCAAACCAACAAAACUCAGUAGACACAGCCAAUGUUGAUGAGGGCUGGAUACCUCAACACGACUGACAGCCUUUCCCCUCUUUCUCCAGGGAGGAGCUUAGCAAGCUCUGUCGUCAUGUCUGCUAGGCUCACUUAAUGUUCAUGCUCCUGUUUGGUAGAAGCCUGAGGUCCAUGGUUUGCCAUGGGAAAGGCUAUGACCACACAUAUCAUUAGCAUACACUCCAGAUAAAGGUGAGCUUGACCAUGACUUUGCAUUUGCAAGUCAGAGUUUUUAGAUUUGAGCACCUACUGUGAGUUCUCUAGCAAAGCACAAUUGAAUUUGCCUCAACUAUGCAAUUUGAUUGGAAAUAGAAAAGGGUGGCAUGUCCCUUUGGCUUUCAGAGAGUAAAGCAGAUAUCUUUUUCAUAAGUGGAAGCUGAGUGUUCCCUAAAGCACUGUUAAUUGCAAUUUAAGCCAUAACAGACUUAUCAGUCAGGUAGAAAAUUUCAAAUGCUUCAAAGAACUGUAUUCUGCAAUGGAAGGAUUUCUUAAGAUAUAUUUUCUCUUAGUCUGUUUACUCCAUCUUAAGGUAACUCAAGAGGCUGCUGAAUCAUACAUCUGAUAGCUUGAAUAUAUAAACUACAGUAUUCUUUCAUAAGGGGCUUUAAAACUAGUGUGCUAAACAGUAUGGCUAGAAACUGUAAUUUAAGAUGCAUAAGGAAGGAAAUGAUGGCCUUCCCAUCUGAGGAAUUCUUUUUGCACUCAAGGGCCCACUAAACUAGCUAAGAGGUACGACUACUUUGACAUUCAAAGUAGUUGAUAAAGAAAUUCCCAGGGUAAGAUUGUGUCCCAACUAGGGAAUUUCACUUAUAUCUCUAACAUGCUGGCAAAUCUCUACUGAUUUUUUUUUCUGUAUAGAAAGUGCUCAUGGUUACAUUAGAAAAUGAAGAAUUCAGCCAGGAAAGCUGUACCUGGGAUAUGAAAAAUCACUGCACAGUAGACAGGAGAUUUGUCAGCUGAACAUGGAAUAUGAUCAUACUUUAAGUAAUAAAUUGGAAUGUAAAGCAAGCUAGCCUACCAUAUUGAAUCUUGCAUUCUCGAAGCCAGCAUCAUUUCACAGUGCCCUUUGCAUCUGUGUUCUUCUAUCCUUCCUUAAGUGGCUCUGAGACAGGAUAAUUCCCUUCCUAUAGGCACCUUGGAUCCAUUGACAGCAUUAUCUCUCAGCUUCAGUGCUGCUUACGAUGCUUUCGGUAUGGUUCUUAAGACAGAGGCCUCUUCGCAAGCCUUUGUGCGUUGACAGUUGCUAACUCAUGGAUCUGCCUACAAUGGACCAAGAUGUUCAAUGUACCAUAAAAUUGUGGCCUCUGUCAAGAAUCUCAUGUCAUUUAAGGCAACCUCAGGAAAUGAUUUUUCACCUGGAAGAGAGGUGGCUGGCAGACAGGCCACUAUUCAGAUGCCUACAUUCUUGGCAAGCCACACAGGUAGAAUUGCGAGUGUUCUUAAUACAGUUCCUGGGUAUAGGAUUGCUUUUCUGUCCAUGUAGGAAGCCAACUAGUCAAGUGUUUUUCUCUGGGUUCGUGUAGUUUGUGGAGGAGGCAUUCACCCUUAGACUGGGUAAUGUCUAUAAUAGAUGGAGCUAGUCCCUAGGUGAAAGGAACCUUGCUUUGACUCCUGGGUGUGGCUGCCAUGGAGGUGGGCUCAUGCUUAGCUGUGAUAGGUUGUGAAUGCUGCAUUUCAGAUUUAGACCAAUGUAACAGACAGGAGAGGUUUUCAUAAAGUAGUGCAGAUUAGCCCACAGUGUACUCUUGGGACUUGGUGUCCUUCGUUGGCUUCUGUGGGUGAUUGUCGUCCUUUAGAAGGGAUAGUGAGUGUCCUUUGGUGGUGAUGGUAAGCUGUGUAGACUGUAGAGAGGUGGUGAUUUCUUAAUUUUUUCUGUGAUGAUUAAGAGACUUCUUAUGGUCUUCUUAAUUAUGGUGGAAUUGGUCCUGUUUUGGUACUAGGAUUGGUGGGCUCAGCAAGGGUAAUUAGAAAGCUUCUGCUUCUUUUCUCUACCUUGAUUCAGUCCAGCAGUUGCUGACUGGGCACUGGUUAUGUGUUGAUACCAUUCACUGCUCCAUGAAAUCUUUUGGGAUGCUGAGGUCAGAACUCAAAGACAUUGACCUGGGAUGUGCUCUACGGCAUGCAAGUAUUAAAUAUUAAUACUAAGUAGCAGGUGUAUCAUUAAUGUGCUAGUGGUGACUGUAACCUAAGUCCUGAAAGUAUUGAGGGAAUGAAGUUCUGCAUUAUAUAUCAAUUAAAGAUUGCUCUCCAGAGGUGUUGGGCUCUGGUAGCAUCAUCUGAAUAUUGCCUUGCCAGUGAGUGACUGUUUUGUACUAGUUCCAUUCAAGUGUACAUCUAGAAGAGGUCCUCUGUUUCAAUAAACUAGUUGUUUUACUUGUAGUAGCAGCUCUUAACAGAAACUUUAAUUGCUUUCUGAGCAUAGUCUUUGAAUUAUUUGUUUUGACAAAAGGGCAAGCUGUUCUUGUAUCAUCUCUGUAAAUUAAUGUUUUUUGGCUUUAAGAUGCAGCUCAUUGACUUAGAAACUCCCAAGGGCUGAGGGAGGAAGGUGGUGGAGAACCGUCUUUUUGAUUUUCUUCCUUUGUAUGAGGUUCUUGUGUUGUGGAGGUGGAGUUACUGGUUGAAAACAGUCAAAAGUCAUUUGGAACACCAUGGGGGAUAGGGAGAUAAAAAGAGCAUUUGUUGUGGUGACUAUUUGCAGAAUGUUUUCCCAACAUUCAAUACCCACUACAUUUCCCGGUUUAAGAGCAUGAAAACAUGUUUUCCUUCAGUGGUUCAGGACUGGGCUCGGGACCUUGCAUAUGAUCUUAGGCACAUAUUCUCUCUUUCCCCAGAGCAGCACCCCAGCCUUCUCUGGAGAAGAUUCUUGUUUGUUUGUUUGUUUAAAAAACAAAUUUGAAUCCUAGGCUCAGAAAGUUAAAGCCAGUUCUCUGGGGCGGCUCAGAGCGGCAGCGGCAGGGUUGGGUGGCGUGUCCACUGUGAACUCGGUUAGCACCUAUCGCUUUUUGACAUGUUGUUUUUGAGGUUUUAGAGACAUUUUCUUGUGUGAAUAGAGACAUAGCACGUACCCGGUGGGAGCCAGCUACACUUCAUGUUUAACUAGAUUCUUUUCAAAGUUAGUGUUAUUUAUGUAGCCAAGUAUAGUAUUAACAUCAUUUAUUAUAAUUUACCUCAAGUGUUUCUUUAUAGAUUGACUUUAAUUGAGAAUACAUCUAGUUUGGGUAUUAAUUAGGACCUUAGCAGAAUUUCCUAAAGUGAAAGUUUAUGAAGAAAAGGUUGUAAUUCUGAUUGGUUGUAUUUGAGCUCUGGGGUCUUCAGGUAUAUUAUUUAAUUUUUUUCUUUCCUGUCAGUGGAAUAACAUUUAUGCUAAUCUUUAGACAGCCGUAGGUUUUCAGAUUCUUAGUGAAGAUUCAAAAAGAACACAGAAAAUAUACUCCAAGCCACAGAGCCCAUCUGUUACCUCAAGCAACUGUUACGGUAACCUGCAUCUUAGCACUCAGGAAAGCCAGCACCUGCAGGAGUUGAUGGAGUGGGGCUCCCAAAGCUCUCAGGAAUCCUGGUCCACCAACCACCCAAAAUUUCUGUUUGGUCCACAGUUCCAGCUCACAGUCUUUGAUGAGCUUCUAGCCAGAAAGUGUCUUCUUUGUUUGUUUUGUUUUUGAGGCUGCUUUGUAGAACCCUGUGUGCAUCAAGGAACAUCAGUACAGUGUGGAGGGACCCAAAGCCCCAUGGGAUCUCUCCCAUGACCUCUGCAGCAAGGCAGGCACUUACCUAAGGUGCUUGCCAAUAAUACCUUGUGAUGGUCUCUCUGUGUGUGUGUGUGUGUGUAUGUGUCUUUGACUGCAGAACAUGAAGGUAACUGUUGCUGCAUAGGUACAUGCUGAGUAUUCUAUGUAACUAUAGAAACUAGAACGUUGCAAGCCCCAGAAUAGUCUAGAAGUGAGGCACACUAACUCUGUCCUCUGGACUUGUGAGUAGUCUUCCACGGUCAGGAAGGAAGAGGCUGGCAGGUGAGGCUAGUGGCCUGGUGUAACUUAUCAUUUGUCUCUUUUGUCAUCUCAUCUUUACUGGUAGUCCAUGGCCUACUGUACUGUCAGAGGCAAAGAAGAUGCUGGUGGAGUUGUCUGUCCCAGACUUCCUGUCAUGUUUCAAGCAGACUUGUGUUUGUCUGAAGAGCGUUAUUUUUAAGCAGUUCAUUUGUAGUCAGCCUUAAGAAGGGUCAGCUGUGACCUGGAGCUCAUCCUAUUGCUGUUGGCUUUGGCAACAUUAAAUAUAAAAUGCCUUGGUGCUAAAGUACUUGUAGCCGCGUGUUCCUCUCUGGAGGCAGUGUUUCAGUGCUUUGGGUUUGGAAA